CCUCUUCCGGUCGCUCGUGUUCAGUUCCUGUCGCACUCUGUCUGCGUGUGUGUUUGUUUUGGGUGUGUGUGUGUGUGCGUUUAGGACGCUUAAACAUUCGAUCAGAUGAGAUUCUGACCACAGCAGCAGACUCUGGCUGAUAUUCUGGAGGAGGAGUAUCCGAUCUCACACUGAUGCUGGGACGAAAACCGCUGUUUAAUGACACAACAAUGCGCUUUAAUGGGACGAAAGUGCUGUCAGAGAGCUGAAGAUGCGAUUCAACGAGAAAGAGCUGGUGUUCCUGAGCCGCCAGCCGUCAGAGAGAGCGGCCGAGCUGGGCAUGAGAGGCCCGAGAAGGGGAGACGUUGUGAAGAGGCGUCUAGUGAAACUGAUCGUUAAUUUCCUGUUUUACUUUCGGACCGAUGAGGACGAGCCCAUCGGCGCUCUGCUGCUGGAACAGUGUCGUGUCGAGAGAGAAGACGAUCGCGUUUUCUCCAUUGUGUUUCUGGACGAAGCCGAGAGGAAGUAUCUGUUCGAAUGUGAUUCUCAGGAGCAGUGUGUGGAGUGGAUCGAUGCCAUCGUUAAAGCCAGUUAUGAAUCCAUGCGCAAGAACCUGAUCUACUAUCGCACGGAAAUCCAUCGGCUCACCGGCAAGGACCCGCUGGUGCAGUAUGGGAUAUCAGACGAAACACGCUUUCAGGUCAACAGUGGUCUUCCUCCGCCGUCCACAUAAACACACACUUUCUCAGCUGUUCGGGGUCUUGGGGUUUUUCAGUCUGCCAGUAUCUGUACAUUCUCUAAUGUUUCAUUUCAUGUGAGUUAUGGGGGAAAUAUGUCAUAUUACUGUAAUAAACUGGGACGCCUUUUAAAAGCUGA